CCGCCCCUUCCGGCGGCGCGGGGAGGAAGGGGCGGCUGGGCUGUUCGCGCAGGAUGCUCCGGUCCCUCUGGAGCUUCCUCAAGCGGCACAAGAAGAAAUGCCUCGCACUCGGAACCUUCCUGGGCGGGUGGAUGAAGUACCUGUGUUGUAUUUGAGGAUUCGCUAGCAAAUUAUCUGCAACCAGGAGAACAUCAUUAGCUGCCCCCAGCUGCAACUCGCACCAUGGUACUUUAGGGCGUCCUGGAAGAUGGAGGGAUUUACUGUGGGUUGCUGAGCUACAGUUGUUCAGCAGCUGAAUCAUGAGUGUUUGAACCAUCUACAUAUGAGUUACGGAUCAGACCUUAAUAUAGCUCCAGCAGCUAUGGUAGUGCAACCACCAAUAGAUUGGAACUCGGAGAUCCCCUGCAAACUCCUCUAAAAAAUACUGCCUGACAAUGAAAAGAGUCUAUUUACUGGGAAAAUACGGGCAGAAGAAAAUCAGAGAAAUCCAAGAACGAGAGGCAGCUGAAUACAUCGCCCAGGCACGGAGGCAGUAUCAUUUUGAAAGUAAUCAGAGGACGUGCAAUAUGACAGUGUUGUCAAUGCUUCCAACAUUGAGAGAUGCCUUAAUGCAUCAACUAAAUUCUGAGAGCCUCACAUCCCUUCUUAAAAAUAGGCCAGCAAACAAGUUAGAAAUAUGGGAGGAUCUAAAGAUAAUAAGUUUCACAAGAAGCAUUGUAGCUGUAUAUAGUACCUGUAUGUUAGUGGUUCUUCUGCGAGUCCAGUUAAAUAUUAUUGGCGGUUACAUAUACCUGGAUAAUGCUGCACUCGGCAAAAAUGGCACAACACCACUAGCUCCCCCUGAAGUUCAGCAGCAAUAUUUAUCAAGUAUUCAGCACCUUUUAGGAGAUGGACUGACAGAGUUAAUAACUAUUGUUAAACAAGCUGUACAUAAAGUUUUUGGCAGCAUUUCCCUUAAGCACACCCUGUCUCUUCUGGAGUUGGAAGAGAAACUUAAAGAUAUCAGGAAAGUAGUGGAACAUAAAGAUUCAGAUCAAAUUGCAUCUUGCUCUCCGUUAUGUCAUUAUCUGAUGCCAGAUGAAGAAAACCCCUUAGCUGCCCAGGCCUGUGGACUCACAGAAAGAGACAUUGCUACAAUUAAAUUACUUAAUGAAACUAGAGAUAUGCUAGAAAGUCCAGACUUCAGUACAGUUUUGAGCACAUGCUUAAAUAGAGGAUUCAGUCGACUGCUGGACAAUAUGGCAGAGUUUUUUAGACCUACUGAACAGGACCUCUCUCAGAAUGGCUCUGUAAAUAGUCUUUCCAGUGUCAGUCUUCCUUUAGCCAAGAUAAUUCCAAUAAUAAAUGGACAGAUCCAUUCAGUCUGCAGUGAAACACCCAGUCACUUUGUUCAGGACCUGUUGAUGAUGGAACAAGUGAAAGAUUUUGCUGCUAAUGUUUAUGAAGCUUUUAGUACUCCUCAGCAACUAGAGAAAUGAACUCUACAUUUAUAGGAAUAGAUGGUGUAUUUAUAAUGAAUCCUUUGUGACUGCUGAUGAGAUCUGGGUUAAUUUUAUAACGGUGUAGGGAGUGGUAGACCAGCAGAAAGAACAUUCUGAAAAAUGUGGGAGUAAGCCCAUAUUUAUUCUAAUAGAAUUCUGUUUCAACUACCUAUUAAAGAUAUUCUUGGUGAAAGAAUCAUUGUAUGUAAAGAGUUUUCUAUUACAGAAGUGGUGAAGCUCCUUCCAUAAUUCAUGUGAUUUUUUUUUUUUUUUUUGCAUCUGAAAGGCAUGUAGUGGAAGUAUUACAGCAAAGUACUAAACCCAUUUGUUUGCCUGGGUUGUGCAAGUUCUGGAAAAAACUAAUGAUAGUGAUGUAAAUGUAGCACAAAGUAGGAGAAUAAAGUAAGACAGCAGCUCCUUCCAAAUUUUUCAUUUUAUAAAGGAAAAUUUUUUUUUCCCCCCUUAACUUUACAAAUAUUUUUCCAAAGAGUCUCUCAUUAUUCAGAAAGCCUUUGCCAACUGAUGCACGUUAAGCUGGGGUGUGCUCUCUGUUACUUAAUAUUAAAAGAAUGUGGAUUUUUAGAAGUUCUCUUGUUUAUGCUGUUGAAACAGCCACACUGUACACAUUAACUUGUAAAUAUUUUAUCUUAAUUUGUAUUAAUUUUGAGCCCAAUUGUCUGUAUUGUAAUAAAAUAUUUUAAUGUAAAA